AUGGGAUUAAAAAAUUUAAUUAUUAGAGGAAGAAAUUAUAUUUCUGAUCACUUAACAAAAUCAUCAUUGGAAAAAGCAAUUAUAAGAAGACAAAAAAGAGGAAAAGUUAUUGAAAAUGAAAAAUUAAUUAUUUUAGGUUGUGGUUGGGGAUCUUAUUCAUUUUUAAAAAAUUUAAAUUCAAUAAAAUAUGAUAUUACAGUAAUUUCACCAAGAAAUCAUUUUUUAUUUACACCAUUAUUAACAUCAUCAGCAGUUGGUACAUUAGAAUUUAGAUCAAUUGCAGAACCAGUUAGAACAACAAGAGAUAUUAAUGAAUUUAAAUAUAUUCAAGCAUCAGUUACAUCAAUUAAUCCAGAAAAUAAUAGUGUACUGGUGAAAUCAACAUUUCAUAAUGAGAAACCAUUUGAGAUGAAAUAUGAUAAAUUAGUGAUUGGUGUUGGUAGUAGAAAUAAUACGUUUGGUAUUAAAGGUGUUGAAGAGAAUGCCAACUUUUUAAAAGAACUUCAUCAUGCCAGAGAAAUUCGUCAAAAGAUUAUAGAAUGUUUUGAACGUGCAUCAUUGCCAGAUGUUUCAACUGAAGAACGUGAAAGACUAUUAUCGUUCGUUAUCGUCGGUGGUGGUGCUACAGGUAUAGAAUUCACGUCUGAAUUAAAUGAUUUCUUUAGUGAAGAUUUGUCAAGACUUUUCCCAUUCGUGCCAGUAAAUGAAGUGAAAAUCAUUCUAUUGGAGGCAUCGGGUAAAAUCUUGAGUACGUUCGACCAGAAGUUGGUGAAAAAGGCGUUGAUAAAUUUCCGAAAUUCCGGCAUCGAUGUCAGAACUCAUAGUUCGGUAAAGGAGGUAUUGAAAGAUUAUGUUAUUUUGGAUAAUGGUGAUAGAAUUCCAUAUGGUUUAUUAGUUUGGUCAACUGGUAUAGGUCAACAUCCACUUGUUAAAAACUCAUCAUUUGAAAAGGAUAGCCAUGAUAGAAUCAUUGUUGAUGAUCAUUUACGUGUUAAAAACUAUUCAAAUGUAUUUAGUUUUGGUGAUUGUGCAAAUGUUGAAAAUAAAAAUUAUCCACCAACUGCUCAAGUAGCUUCACAAUCUGCUGUUUAUUUAGCAAAAGAAUUUAAUAAUCUUGAAAAGUUAAAUCCAAAUCCACCAAAACCAUUUGCUUUUAAAUUUUUAGGUUUAUUAGCUUAUACUGGUAAAAAAAGUGGUAUUUUACAAACUGAUUUCUUCGAUUUAAGUGGUUUUAUUGGUUUUAUUACUUGGAGGAGUGCAUAUUUAACUAGAUUAGGUUCUUUACGUUCAAAAAUACAAGUACCUUUUGACUGGAUGCGUACUUUAAUAUUUGGAAGAGAUAUUAGUAGUUUUUAA